GCGGGAAGUGAAGGUCGUGCUCGUGCCCAUUCAUUCUCCCUCCCGCUCCGCCGCCCGGUUUUAAUUGUCUCCAAGCCCCGGAAAGAAAGAGCGCGCCCUGCUCGCCCGAGUCCGGCGCUAAGAACCGGCGAGGCGCUUUCUCUUGCCGAGCCCGCAUCUGCCGGAGAGAGAGAACGAGCGGGAGAGCCGCUCUAACAAAGGACAGCGGCGGCGACCCUUCCCAGAAAGCACCGAAGGCGGGGCGCACGGCCGAGGCUCCUUCGGCUGAGAUCCUCUCUGGUACGGACACGGCGGGGAAAAGAAGAAUCGGUCGGAUUAACAGAAAUCAAAACAACAUCAGGAUAAGUCACCUUAAAUCAAGAUGUCUUUCAAAACAGGACUAGAAUUAACUGAGAUGCAAAAUAUGAGGGUCCCAGAAGAUGACAAUAUCAGCAAUGAUUCUAAUGAUUUCACUGAAGGAGAAAAUGGCCAGAUGAAUAGCAAGUUCAUUGCAGACCGGGAGAGCAGAAGAAGUCUAACCAACAGCCACCUGGAAAAGAAAAAAUGCGAUGAAUAUAUUGCAGGAACGACAUCCCUGGGAAUGUCUGUCUUCAAUCUCAGCAAUGCCAUCAUGGGCAGUGGAAUAUUAGGCCUCGCUUAUGCACUGGCCAACACAGGAAUCCUGCUCUUUUCGUUACUUUUGAUUUCAGUGACACUGCUUUCUAUUUAUUCAAUAAACUUGCUGUUAAUAUGUUCAAAGGAAACAGGUUGCAUGGUUUAUGAAAAACUUGGUGAGCAAGUCUUUGGCACCCCAGGAAAGGUGAUUGUUUUUGGAGCGACAUCUCUUCAGAACGUGGGAGCGAUGCUGAGCUAUCUCUUCAUAGUUAAAAAUGAACUACCCUCUGCCAUAAAGUUUCUUAUGGGAGAAGAAGAUAAUUUUUUAGCUUGGUAUGUGGAUGGCCGACUUCUUGUUGUAGCUGUGACGUUCUGUAUAAUCCUUCCUUUGUGCCUUCUUAAGAAUUUAGGGUAUCUUGGCUACACUAGUGGAUUUUCCUUGACUUGCAUGGUAUUUUUUCUCAUAGUGGUUAUCUACAAGAAAUUUGAAAAGCACUGCCGACUGCAGGAGACAAAUGCAACAGCUUCUUUCCUUUUAAACUCUACUGAUUUAUGUGAGGCAAAGUACAUUACCUUUAAUUCCAAGACUGUGUAUGCUUUACCCACCAUUGCAUUUGCGUUUGUGUGCCAUCCCUCAGUCCUGCCAAUCUACAGCGAAUUGAAGGAUCGUAGCCCAAAAAGGAUGCAGAUGGUUUCAAAGAUCUCUUUCUUUGCAAUGUUUGUCAUGUACUUCUUGACUGCUGUUUUUGGCUACUUGACUUUUUAUGAAACUGUGGAGUCAAAUCUCCUCCACAAGUACAAGAGUAAAGGUGAUAUCCUCAUCUUAACAGUUCGCGUCGCCGUCAUUACUGCAGUCAUACUCACCGUCCCUGUAUUGUUUUUCACUGUGCGCUCUUCUAUAUUUGAACUUGCUAGAAAAACCAAAUUCCACUUAUUCCGUCACAUUUGGGUUACGUUGAUCCUUUUGGUGAUCAUUAACUUGUUAGUUAUUUUCAUACCUUCCAUGAAGGAUAUUUUUGGAGUUGUAGGGGUAACAUCUGCCAAUAUGCUGAUUUUUAUUCUUCCUUCAUCGUUGUAUUUAAAAAUUACACACCAAGAUGGAUCCAGACUGAUGCAGAGGAUUUGGGCAUCACUCUUUCUGGCAUUAGGAAUAUUGUUUUCCCUGAUAAGCAUUCCUCUUGUCAUCUAUGACUGGGUCAAUUAAGAAGAUCACUAAACACUCAUGAGACAUUGAGGAGAACACAUUUCCAUUUUGCUACGCACCAAAAUCACCAGUAGCCAUUUUUGUCAAUAUGUCCAUUCGUUAUGGGUUUCCUACAUUAAAUCACAAUAAUGAAAUACUAGUAGGAUGUAUUUUCUAGUUGUUUCAUUGUAAUUUUUAAUGCUGUUUUCUAUGUUGCCACAAGCUACUGGAUCAGUAUUAAUUUUUUAUGAUAGUACAAUUUUACAUGCACAAAGACUUGUUCAUUGGUCAUAUGUAUUCCGUGCGUGGUAAUUGACAUUAAAUUGAUGGGGAAUCGUUA